AUGUUGUCGGUUAUACUAGGCGCUUUAUUUUGCUCAAAUAUCAUUCAUGCCAUUGACGAUAAUCAACAUUGGAUGAAAUUCAAUGAAGAAACUUUACAUAAAUUACGGAUACCAUCGGAUCAUCUACAAACAGCAAUUUCCUAUGAUGAAUUUGAAUUAUAUAAUGAUUAUCAAUGUGCUAUCGAAUGUAUUAAAGAUAAAAAUAGUUGUAUUGGUUAUGCAUUUGACAAUAAAACUCAUUUAUGUUCAUUAUUUGAGGGUUCUUCUGAAACCAUGGAUAAUGAUGUGAUUAAAUUGCGAGAACAAUUGAAACCAAAAGCAUGCGACACGGUUAAAUGUAAACCCGAUGCUAUUUGUAUUGGAGACGACAAGCCAACGUGUAUAUGCUUAAAUGGAGGACUCACACCUGACAAUUGUGAUAGAAUAGAAAUUGGUACAUGGACUGAUUUUAAUGAUUGGUCGAAAUGUAGUGUAACAUGUGGCGAAGGUUAUCAAUUUAGAAAACGAGAAUGUUUAUCAGCAAAUGAUAAAACUAAAAAGAUUUCAAGUGAGAACUGUAUUGGUAAACAUAUUGAAAUACAACUAUGCAACAUAACAACAUGUCCAACAUAUGGAUCAUGGUCAUCUUGGACGGCCUGCUCAACAUUUUGUGGUAUUGGUAUAAAACAACGUAAUCGUUCAUGUAUUCCACCAGGCUCAAAUUGUGGAAAUUAUACUUCUGAACAACGAGCUUGUGGUGAAGCUCAUUGUCAACGUGUCGUUGGAAUCAAAGAAACAGAACCUGCCAAAUAUUCAAUGAAAGGUUAUUUAGCUAUACGAGAAGGUGAUAUUUUAUGUAUUCCGCAGAAUAAUAGUGUGGCAGUUAGACAUAUGGCUGAUUUAGUUUGUAAAUCUAUUGGUUUUACUCGUGGAGCACAAUAUGCUGUUCCUUAUCCAAUUCUGAAGAAUUCAACAUGUUAUCCUGGUAUUGUAUGUGAUGGUACAGAAAAAAAUUUUUAUGAUUGCAAAUAUGAUCGAUCACAAAUAUUGUCUGGUAGUAAUAAUUUAGUGGCUGUUAUUACUCGAUGUAUUGUUGACGGUGGUUUUUCACAUUGGUCGGAAUGGUCCACGUGUACAAAAUCAUGCGAUACUGGUCAAAGCACUCGUUCUCGAACAUGUACUGAACCAUCACCAUCUAUACUCGAACCUGAAACAAUGUCUAUAGAUUCUUCAUUAGCUGGAAUGAAUUGUACAGGAGAGUAUACACAAGUUAAGACUUGUAAUGAACAAAAAUGUUAA